AUGAAGCGCACGUCCGCCAGUCUUGUGUCGUAUUCGAGCUCAAGCUCAGACGAGUCAGACGGUACCAAACCCACCCGUCGUCGCUCUUGCAAGCCAGGGCCACCGGCAGAAUUAGCCACAGCUGGCCCUUCUGCCAAGAGGCGAAAACUCCCACCACUCGCAGCUUCUCUUGCACCUCCAGUUCCGGCGGAUGACCCCGCAAAGCACCAAGGCCGCAUUCGCAGCUUUCCCCACGUAGAGGGUCAGUAUGCCACAUACGUAUAUGUCCCACUUGUUCUGGCUCCUGGUGAAGCGCUAUACGACCUCGUAACCGAGGUGAUAUCCACGGCAAAGAAAGAGGUAAAAGGGUUGUGGGGAGUCGGGGAAGCGGAAAAGGAAGACGUGCAAAGACAAAAACAUGAGUGCGAGGACAGGGAUGAAAAUAAGAGCAUGGAUAGAGGUGAGAGGAAGAAUGCCAAACUCGAACUACACAUUUCGCUUUCCCGCCCAAUCUUCCUCCGCGCUCACCAACGGGAAGACUUCAAGAGGGCAGUGAAAAAGAUUGCAGAGUCGGUUUCACGGUUCAGCGCAUCGUUCUCAACUUUCUCAGAGCUUACGAAUGAUGAACGUACGCGAACGUUUCUGACUAUGGAGGUUGGCGCCGGGCACGCCGAGUUUUGCCAAAUUCUCAAGUUCCUCGUGCCUACACUCCGGUCGCUCCGCCAGAAAGAGUUCUACGGAGACCCAAAGUUCCACGCAUCGAUUGCCUGGGCUCUCUUGGACUGCUCAAGGACUACGACACCCCUACCCUCCACGUCAGCUACGCCAGACACUGCGCGGUCUUCUUCUGUGCCACUACAAGUGUCGCAGUUGCUGCGAGUCUCACAAGAGCGUCCCCCUUUGGAAAUGGUAACGAGUGCUUCUGGGUUACCCUCCCAAUCUCGCAUUCCUUCUAACACCCCGACACCCUCUGACUCGAUGUCCACGGUCGACCUAGACCGCUUCCCUCGCAUCCCGCACCUUCCACCUACACUGGUAUCCACACUGAACGCUACCUAUGCUCCCAGGCUCUCGGCAGCUCGCACGGGUGGAUUCUUAGCGGACAAAAUUGCUGUCAGGAUUGGGAAGGAAGUUGCGGUGUGGUGUUUGAGUGGAAUCGGACAGGCAGUUUAAAAGCUCCUGUGGGGCUCGGUGUAGUGGUUGAGAGAGAAGUACUAUGUUAUUCGUGUCCUGGCUCCGGAGGGGCACUUUUCACAAAGGAGGGGGAGCCUGGACUACGUAGAACAUCCUUGGCCUAGUAUGGCUUAGGAAAUUCACUGCAUUUGGUCCGGUUUGGGCGUCG